AUAUUUUCAUUCUUUAUUCUAUUCUAUCUCAUGUUUGGCAUCUCUGCGCGACCAAACUGCCCAGAGAGAUGCGAUGACGACGAGUCUACAGAAAUGGCGAAUCCCUCUGAGGCUCAUCAAGCGCUACGACAUCGUUUUUAGCUGUAGCCGGCGCCUAUUGCACGAAGGCCCGGACACCAUCGAGGAGCUUCUAGACAGGCACAUAGUGAAGAAGGAGAAGCACCUCGACGAUGAGGAGGAGGAGUUGCUGAACCGGCGGCGACUCACCAGCACUCGGCGGGAGGCACUGGGUCUGUAUCGUGACAUUAUCAGGGCGACUCGGUUCUUCAUGUGGCCGGACUCUCGGGGCGUGCUUUGGAGAGAUGUCCUGAGAGAGAACGCAAGGAAGGAGUUCGAGGAGGCCCGGUUGGAGACAGAUCCGGAAAUUAUUACCCGAUUGCUCAUCGGUGGGCAUGAUGCUGUGCAGUCGGCUAUAGAUAAGGUCGCCGAGAAGCAGAGGCAGCAGAUUCAGAAGGAGCGAGGCGGUGGAGAUUAAGCGUAAACGGUUUGAUUUAUUUUUCCUUCGUUGUUGUUGUAACUUGUAAAGAUGUGUUUGGGUAUGUAAUGCCAUCUUGUGUGAUAUUUUUCCAAUCCUUAAAUAACGAAUUCACAAAAAAUUGUUAUGAGAUGCUCAAAUUUUAUUUUCUUUGAAAUAGCUACAAUGCUCAGAUUUGGUUUGGUAUUUGCUUCGUGGUUCCAUUUUGCUGAUGAGCGAUAGCAUAGCUGCAAUAUUCAUUGACAAAUUAUAUUUAGCUUUCUUGUAUGAGACCAAUCACUAGUGCUCAAGGUUGACUUGAAGAGGGAAUUAGAUGUCCAACCAACCAUAUAACCAUAUGCAAUGAAAGACACAAGCAGAGACAUCAAAUAGAACAAAUCUUGUUGGUUGAAGUACAACACAAGAGGCUGUUGUUAUGAACAACAUAGGUGAUACUCAUACUAGUGAUUAUUGCUCAGGGCUGCUGAGAUCCAUUUGGAUUUGGAAGGUCAGAAAUGAAGCAUGAAAGAUUGUAAGAGACUUGAGAGGGCAUUUCAGUCCUCAGGUGGGGUGUGGUUGCUGAAGUCAUGGAUUUCUUAGAAUGUUCUUCUUUGUUUCAUGUUUUUUUGUUUCCUGUUUUCUUUUGUGUCAUCAUGAUCCCCUAUUCCCGAAUACGAAAUCUAUGACAAGGAAGAAAGGAUUCAAAAAUGGUGUUUUCCUUAUGGAGGCAGAAGGUGGAAGAUUGCCUUUGCCACCCCCUUUCUUAGGAUGGUGUUAGUGCUGCGGUGGUGAUCAAACUUGUUUAUAGAGAAGGGAACACUUUGCUGUCAUUGACUUGGCUAGCUUUCUGUUUUCUUAUGGGUGUUACAACUUGCAAGGCUGUGGUGGAUUGUUUGUUUGUUUAGUCCCCAUUUCACAUUAAAACAAACAUGUUUCACCCAAAUUUCAAUUUCAGUAAAUUUUUAGGUUUAGAUAGAAUUGUGACUAGAAAUCUAUAAAGAAAAGGGGGAUUAAUGACUUGGACAAUAGCUUGCAAUAAGAAGAACUACAACAAAGACGACUUGAAAACUCUAGGAUUUUGCUGAGAGUCAUAACCAGUGUGCAGCCCACAACAACACUCGAAAAGCUGAAAAAUAAAACCACGACCUAUGAGAUUACUACCAUACCCAUAAACUGCGUCGCCGAAAAUAAAAAUAUAUCGUCAUUCCCCAUUAGGACAAGGAUAAUUUCGUCAAAUAGUCUAUGGAUAGAAAAUUCUGGAACCUAUAAAUAACGGACACGUUUCAAAAGUGACUUCAACGCUCUCUUAACCCCCAUCUUUCCCAGUGAGAUUCUGAAAGCUCUGUUUCUCAGAGAGCCAUCAAGAAAUUAUAAAUUAAGUAUUCAUUGCUCGUUAUUGCAUGAGAAUUGCGGUUGGGUUUCAAGCUCAUUCAACAAUGGCGAAGGGUAGAUAUGGUCGGUUGCAGAGCAAAAAAUGGUCGACGUUCACGCUCGUCUUGUCGAUGCUAUUCAUGCUAAUAGUGGUGCUGCUGAUGCUUCUGGCUUUUGGAAUCGUUUCCCUUCCGGUUAUCACCGACGAAUCUUCACCUAACGAUCUCAGUUCCUUUAGGCGCGGGACCGUUGAGAGAACCGAUGGAUUCGGGGAUAGAGAAGAUCAGUGGACAGAAGUGAUUUCUUGGGAGCCCAGAGCUUUCAUAUAUCACAAUUUCUUGUCCAAGGACGAAUGUGACUACUUAAUAAAUCUUGCUAAACCUGAAAUGGUAAAGUCAACUGUUGUCGAUAGCAAGACUGGGAAGAGCAAAGAUAGUAGGGUGCGGACAAGCUCUGGAAUGUUUCUGAAGAGGGGACGUGAUAAAAUAGUUAGCGAUAUUGAGAAGAGAAUAGCAGACUUCACUUUCAUUCCUGUAGAGCAUGGAGAAGGACUUCAGAUUCUCCACUAUGAAGUUGGACAGAAAUAUGAUGCACAUUUUGAUUACUUCCUUGAUGAGU